UGGGGCACUGAGCAAAGAAACAGCUAGAAGAAAGCUGCACGGGAGACUGCAGGGAACACAGAUACAGACUGCAAGGAACAGAUAAACUGUAAGGUUGACAUAGACUGCAAGGGACAACCUGUAAGACAAACACAGUUAUAAGCAACAAGCAAACUGCAAGAUAGAGAGAUUGCAGACAAAGAGUGAGACACAACAAGAUAGACAAACAAAUUGUAAGAUAGACUGGAGAGACAGAUGAGGUUAAAAGUCAACUAGAGACAUGCUGUGAGAGGUAUCUAGAAACAACCUGAAAAACAAAGGGAAAGAUACUGACCCCCAGCAAACUCUGAGACAGAGAGACUACUAAAUACAUAAAUUGUAAAACAGAAGGUGGGACAGUUAAAGAGAGAGGAAUAGAUUACCGUAAAUGUUCUCUGUAAAGGACAUUUUGGAGAUAUCUCGUGAAAGAGAUAUCAUGUUAGGUCACAAAGGAGAAUGUUAGGGAUGGAGGUUAACCGAAUAGUGCACCGAGAGGCGUAAAACUGUGUUUGCACAUGUUUACAUGUGGUGAACAUGAGAGUGUUUGUUAAAUUCAGAUGUAGAGCAAUAGAAGAAAGAAACUUAAUUGUGCAUUAAGACAGGAAGGUGUUUAUGUUAGACAUUGAGAGAGGAUUCUAUAUUAUGUUUUGUAAGAAUUGUGCUUGAGAAGGAAAGACAGCAAUUGAUAAAUAAUUGUGUUAUUAACCAAGGGAGAGCUACUUGUCUAUGUGCAAUUUAGCAGUAGUACCAGUGUUAAGAGAAGCUAUGUGCUAAGUGCUGUGAUAGGUUGUUAGGAGCUAAGAAGAGCUUUGUGUUAGGUACUGAUCUAAAGUUUGGUAUUGAUAAUGGUUUGUGUGCUAGGCUUUUAAAGAGGACUUUCAACUGUGUGUUAAAAUAUUGCAUUGAUUAUACUGAGAGUACUGGGUGCUAAGUAUUGUGAGACAGCUGUGUUCUAUGUGUUGAGAUAGGGUUGUGUUCCAGGUGUUAAUAGAUUACUGUGAGAAGGAAGUGAUAUACAACAGGACAUAUGUAAAAGUACAAUGGAAUUAUAGCAUGCCCAUUGAGAGACAGACAUGUAUUAAUAAACAACUUAUUGUUAGUAUUUAUAUAGAUAGGUCAAGAUACAAAAUACUUUUAAUAUUUAUAAACCAAUAAAUUGGUUUUGGACUGUCAAGAGCUGGAUGAGAAAUAUUUUGUUGAUAGAAUAGAGACAGAAGGGAUAUGGAAGGGACCAUCGCAAAGCAGGGAUCUCUCUACUAUCAGCAUCAGCAUAGAUUCGGAAAGAAGUGGAAGAAGGUAUGGGGGAUCCUGCAUGGUGAAGCCUCCUCAGGAGUAGCACGUCUGGAGCUGUAUGAUGGUUCCCAACCCCCAGAAAGUAGUCGCAAGCCAGAAUACUGGCGACUGGUUCAGAUGAGUGACUGCGUCAGCGUGUCAGAUCGCUGUGGAGAGAACAGUCCAAAAGACACACGCGCAUUCAGCAUUGAGACAGCACAGAGAGUUUACCUACUGGCUAGUGAGGCCAUUGAGCAGCCAGCAUGGGUGAAGGCGCUCUGCUCUCUGGCAUUCCCACAGGAUCGCUUAUUACUUGAGAGACGGUGCAGCCAAACAAACAAAUCAGAAGGAUUCCAACUACAGGAAAAUGUGUUAUACAGUACAAGUAGAGAGACUAAGCCAGGUCAAUUUGUAGUUCGGGUCAGACAAACAGAUGCAUCUUCUCGCUGUGGUCUUUCAGGAACUUAUGCUCUAUCAGCAGAUUGCAAUUGUCUUUCCCUGAAGGACCGUCAGACUGAGAAGCUCCUGUAUAGCUGGCCUUAUCCAUUUCUCAGGAGAUUUGGGAGAGAUAAAACUAUGUUUUCUUUUGAGGCUGGACGUCGCUGCACUUCUGGAGAGGGACAGUUUGAAUUUGAGACACCCCUUGGGAGUCAGAUCUUUCAGGCAAUCGAAACUGCCAUCAGCUCUCAACGCAAAGAUAAUUCCUCCACAAGUGGAUAUGAACAGUACAGUGAAGUAACGAAUCCAGGAACACGCCCAUCAGCCCCAUCUCUACGAAAGGCCAUCUCUCAACCACCUCCUUGUUCUCAAGGCAGCGGUAACACUGAAAGUGCUCUUUUAGAAAGUGAAUAUGCUAUACCCUUUGAUAAAGUGGCCCGUGACCUUUUGGCUACAGGAUUUGGGGGUCUGCUUGGACCUGUCCCUCCCGCACAGGGAAAGAUCAAGAACAGUCACAAAGCAGAGCAUAUAUAUGAUGAGCCAGAGGUGCCUUCAAAUCCAGUGUAUGAUGAGCCCGAGAGUAUGAGAGUUGAGGCUUGGAAGACCCAGGCCACCGAUGCCUUUGAAACUGGGUAUGAAUAUCCAUAUUUGCCAGGCUGGGAUGAUUAUGCUGUGCCUAGGGGUGGCGGAACUAACUCUAAAAAAGAGAAGCAAGAAGGAGAAAUUGAUGAAUGGGGCAAUGAGAUGCAUGAUGAAGGUGACUAUGACAAUAUUACUUUGAAAGGAUCACGGAAGAGCUAAGAAGAAAAGGAGGAAAUUGUUGUCACACAACAGCCUUCGUGAAUGAAGGCUCAACAAAAUUAUUCCAGUCCAAAUUAGUUAUUAGGGAUGAUUUGUGCAUUUUGGCAUUUAUUCUUAUAAUUGUCUUCCCGUGAUUUUUUUCCCCGUGGCUUAGAUUUGUAAAACAGCUUCUUAAUAGUAUAUACUGUAGUUAAUAGUACAUAGUUCAUAACAUUCAUAAUCCUCAGCCAGAGCAUGCUGAAUAUGGAAUAUGCUUCUCAUCCUCAUCAAGUUGACAUACAUAAUAGAACGGAAAUAGGAAAUGAGGUUAUGCCAUUUGAUUGUGAGAAUAUAUUAUCUAACUCACAACGUUAUUUCACCUCAAACUGGCAAAAUCCUCCACUCAUCCUGUAUUCUGUGGGCAAACAGUCCUGCUAGCAAAAUCAUUUAAAACGUCUGGAAGAGCUGUAAUAUAAUUCAAAUAAUGCUUAGCCAGUACCCAAACAAGUGGGUCUUAACUUUGCCAAAAAUGUGCAUGUUGGGGGUGUUCUAAGCUGAUUAGAGGAUUAAGUACUUUUUUGCAAUGCUUAUUAAAUGUGUCUAGACUUAUACAAGUCCAGAGAGUAUGGAUACUUACUUGUAGAAAAAAAUUAUAAAAAAUACUGUGUUUGCCUUUUCCUAAUAAAUAAAUGUUACCAAGUUUGUAAAGAUAAUAAAGUGAUAUGUGAAAGUAUCACAUAAACGUAAGUUGUUACCUUCAUAAAACCUCUUGUGCCAAAGCCUGUAACAUGCUUAGUGUACAAACAAUAUACUUGUUCCUGCUUAGGUUGUGGUUAUACAGGUUUCAGAGGUCUGUUAUGAAGUGUAUUGUCUGCUCUUAGAUAGAUUUACUUUGCUGUAGGUAUUCAGCAAUAAAAGAACUGAAACUUGGAUGAAGUUCAGACUCAGUAAUAAAUUAACCAAUAUUUUAAUUAAAGUAAUUUUUUGUCAUUUCCAUUGCCAAGUAAUUGUAUGUGUCAGUCUCAAAAUGAUAUUAAGAAUCUCUGAAAGAAAGGGAAUAAUAUAGUGGUACCACUAGAAUAAGUGUAUACCAGGGGUGUCCAAAAGGUAGAUCCCCAGAUGGCGUUGAACUACAACUCCUAUGAUGCUUUG